AUGGCAACAACAGAGACAGCUUCUGCUACGCUUGGUCCUCGAUAUGCACCCGAUGAUCCCACCCUUCCGAAACCGUGGUUGGGGUUGAUUGAUGGAGGUACUGGUACUUUGUACUAUUGGAAUCCUGAAACUAAUGUUACUCAAUAUGAUAAGCCCGGCGCCCCACCUGUGCCUGCUGCUUCUACUCCUGGUUUGGCACCUAUACCGAGUGGGUCGGGGCAGCAACAGAUGAUGCAAGUGCAGCCGCCCUCACAACAACAGCAGGGGAACCAUUUUGCCCAACAGCAACAGAGUCCUCAUGUGGCACAGGCUACUCAGCAGCAGCCUUCUCAAGCUGCUCAACCUGUGCAGCAGCAGCCGACACAGCAGCCUGGGUUACACCAAGCUAGACCACAGAUGAUGCAGCCUCAAGGGCAGCAAAUGAUGCAGUUUCAAGGGCAGCAAUUUCAGCAAAUACAUCAUCAGAUGCCUCCGCAGGUGAUUCGUCCACAACAAUUUGGGCAAGGGAAUCCUCAGGAUCAUGGUACACAUAUUGUGCAACCGCAAGCACCUCAAUUCACUCCUCAGAACAUGCAUUAUAUGGGGUAUCAACAAAAUAUGAAUACACCCAGGCAACCUAACUCCCAGCAGGUUCAGCAAAACAUCCUACCACCUGGGCAGUCAACACCCCAGCAGAAUCAGCAUCAGCAUAACAUACAUAACCAGCCUUUUGAAAACCAACAGGAUUUUAAAACAGCAAUACCAAAGGUGGAGGAAGCAGAGUUUAAAAAUGGAAGCCAAGUUGGUUUCUCUCCAUCACAGUAUCAACAAAGGAGUGCCUUGCCUGGUCAAAACAAUCCAAAUGUUCCUGCUGAAGUAAGUUCUGGUCAAGUGUCUAAUGCAGGUGUUAAUUCUGGCCAACCACAACAAUUCAGGGGGUUUCCAGGCAGCAUGCAGCAGCCUGCCCCGACAAUGCAGUCACAGCAGGGUGGUUCUGAUUUAUUUUAUCAACAUGCUCCUAACUUUCAAAACCAGAUGAGCCCGGGUAUGAUGCAUGGGCAUCCAUCUAAUGCGCAUCCUGCUGCCCAAAAAAUGGGACAUGAUGACAAUGUACACGGUAGAGCUGGAAAUGACUAUUAUUAUAAUUCUAACAAAGAGAUGCCACCAAUGGGUCGUCAGCAGUCAGAUAUGGCCCAAAUGCCAAUUCCCAGAAAUCAGCAGGAUAUGAGGAUUGGCAAUUCCCCUUUUCAAAAUAGUGUCCCUAGUGGAAAUGGAAGCGGUAUUACUGGGAAUGCUAUGGGUAACAUGUUCACCUCUCCUCUUGGAGUACCUUCUGCCCUUUCAAGUAACUCAUUUACAAGGCCUCCUUAUGGUGGGUCUUCAGAUGUUACUGAUCUCUCACCAGCUGAAAUAUACUGUCGGCAACAUGAAGUUACAGCCACGGGCGACAACAUUCCACCCCCAUUCAUGACAUUUGAUUCUACCGGGUUCCCUCCAGAGAUACUGCAAGAGGUAUGUUCUGCAGGCUUCUCGAAUCCAACACCAAUACAAGCUCAAACAUGGCCUAUUGCCCUACAGGGUAGAGACAUAGUGGCGAUUGCCAAAACAGGCUCUGGGAAAACACUAGGCUACUUAAUGCCGGCCUUCAUUCUUCUUAGGCAGCGACGCAAUAAUUCUCUGAAUGGCCCCACCGUCUUGGUUUUGGCUCCAACACGUGAACUUGCAACACAGAUCCAAGAGGAGGUCUUUAAAUUUGCACGGUCUUCAAGAGUAUCUUGCACGUGCUUGUAUGGUGGAGCACCUAAAGCUCUUCAGCUAAAAGAGUUAGAUCGGGGGGCAGACAUUGUUGUUGCCACACCUGGUAGGCUCAAUGAUAUACUUGAUAUGAAAAAAAUUGACUUUAGGCAAGUUUCACUCCUUGUGCUUGAUGAGGCAGACCGAAUGCUUGAUAUGGGUUUUGAGCCUCAAAUCCGUAAGAUUGUGAAUGAGAUUCCACCACGUAGACAAACUCUCAUGUACACUGCAACCUGGCCUAAAGAAGUGAGAAAAAUUGCCGGCGAUCUUCUUGUUAAUCCUGUUCAGGUUAACAUUGGAAAUGUAGAUGAGCUUGCUGCAAACAAAUCUAUCACACAGUAUGUUGAAGUUGUCCCACAAAUGGAGAAACAGAGGCGUCUUGAGCAGAUCCUCAGAUCCCAGGAGCGAGGUUCUAAGAUCAUAAUAUUUUGUUCCACAAAAAAGUUAUGUGAUCAGCUUGCCCGGAGUAUUGGCAGAAGUUUUGGGGCGGCUGCAAUUCAUGGAGACAAGUCUCAAGGUGAGAGAGACUGGGUUUUAGGCCAGUUUCGGAAUGGGAAGUCUCCAAUUUUGGUUGCCACUGAUGUUGCUGCUCGUGGUCUUGAUAUUAAGGAUAUAAGGGUUGUGAUCAACUAUGAUUUCCCCAAUGGUGUUGAAGAUUAUGUACACAGAAUUGGAAGAACUGGGCGGGCAGGUGCUACUGGAAUGGCAUAUACCUUUUUCUCUGAGCAGGAUUGGAAACAUGCAGGUGAUUUGAUCAAAGUUUUGGAGGGUGCUAACCAACACGUGCUUCCAGAGUUAAGGCAGAUUGCUUCACGCGGGGCACCAGGCUUUGGAAAGGAUAGGGGCGGGAUGGCUCGGUUUGACUCUGGUGGUGGUGGUGGUGGGCGCUGGGAGACUGGUGGUCGUGGUGGCAUGAGGGAUGGUGGUGGCUUUGCUCCUCGUGGUGGCAUGAGGGACGGUGGUGGCUUUGGUGGUCGCGGUGGCACAAGGGACGGUGGUAGCUUUGGCAGUCGUGGUGGAAUGAGGGAUGGAGCUGGUGGACAAGGUGAGAGAGGUGGUGAUUUCUUUCCUGGUAGAGGCAAUAGGGGUAGAGGAUUUGGUCCUCCACGUGGGGGCCAUGUUGGUUGGGGUAGGGGUGACCGUGGUGGUCCCAGUGAUCGGUACAACAUGGAUGGUCGCGGACAAGGGCGUGGACGUGGACGAUUUGACAACAGAAGAGAUGUUCAGAGAAGUAGAGACAGAAGUUACAGUCGUAGCCCCGAAAGAGUUCGGACAUGGGAUAUUAACCGAAGCAGCAGUAGAAGUAGAAGUAGGAGUAGGAGCUGGUCUCGAGGUCGCAGUAGAAGCCGCAGCUGGUCUCGAGGUCGCAGUCGCAGCUAUAGCCGUAGUCCACGACGAAGUCAUAGCCGUGAACGAAGCUAUAGCCGAAGCCGUAGCCGCAGCCCCAAAAAGAAUAAUAGGCGUGUCAAGUCAAAAUUUUCCGAUAAGAUUGACAUUGUGGCACCUGAAGCAGGAGUUUCUGAUCCUAAAAUGUUCCCUAUAUCUGCCAACACCCAAGAGAGUUCUAUUUUGGGAACAGAACAUCUGGAGCAGCUACCUGUUGUUGGAAGCACUGGCCCAGAUAAUGCAGAGGCUGUAGUGGACGUUAGCCAUCAAUCAUCUUCUAAAACUUGA